AUGUUCCUCUCUAUGAGGAACGCCGUUCCUGAAGAAUCUCAGUCCCUCUACGACAAGACGUUGCUUGCGAGCGCAGUUCCAGUCCAAAACCAUCCAAUCCUGAGCGGAAUCCAGUACUUUGCCAAUUCUAUGGCUCUCAUUCUCAAUCUCUUCACCUUCUGCGUCAUGAUGAAGGACAAGAGCAACUGGACGGUUUUCAAUUUGAAGUUGACGCUUUCGGGUUACAAGCAGGAGUUUCAGUCGUGUUUCUACCACGUGAUGCGCUUCUUCUGCAUCACUGUCAGCGUCAAUUGCGCUUCAACUCUCUUAGUGUCUAUCUUCCAUGACGGCAGUAGUUUCUUAUGA